AUGCCGGACCCUCCGGGCUACAACGGGCCGCGCUACACUGGCCCAGGCAGCAUCACCGACGGCUUCAUUGAUGGUCUGUUGGCCAUGCAGAAGGACGGUCAGCUCCUGCCGAAGAAGGAUGCGUACUUGAUCCUCUUGGACAUCAUCGAUCUCCUCCGAUCGGAAAAGACCUUGGGCCAGGCCUCCAUUCCCGCCGGCGGUCAGCUUACAGUGGUCGGCGACCUUCACGGCCAGUACUGGGACUUCUUGAACCUGCUCAGCAUGACGGGCAAGCCCUCGGCGAGUUCGCCCUUCGUCUUCAACGGUGACUUCGUGGAUCGAGGCUCCUGGUCCAUCGAGGUGAUCCUAUCGAUCUUCUCUCUGAAGCUGAAGGCUGCGGGAAACGAUCCGCAGUCCGUCUUCCUGAACCGGGGAAACCACGAGAUGCUGGAGACCAACAUCCUGUACGGCUUCUGCGGCGAAUGCGGCUCCAAGUAUGACAUGGAUCUCUUCAACCUCUUCUCUGAGGCCUUCCGGAAUCUUCCUCUCGCCCACUUGGUGGACGGCAAGGUGUUGAUUCUCCAUGGCGGUCUCCCCGGCUCGGUCCUGAGCGAAAGGAGGUCCGGACCCCCGAAUUUGGAUGCCCGGGCAGACGUGCCGGCCCUGGCACUUCCCGAGUCGACAGCCCCGGAAAAGCCUGAGCCGGUGUCGAGGCACGACCCCACGGAUGCGAUCCCGAUGACCGCCCUUCCCACGCUGGAGGAGAUUGCCUCAGUGGACCGCUACCUGGAGAUCACUCCCGAAUCGUAUGGGCAGUCUAUCGGCCCCACAACGACGGACAAGGAGGUGAAUGAUAUGAGGAAGCUGAUCGACAUCCUUUGGGGAGAUCCCCGUGGUGGGGACGGGUAUGGCCCUUCCUACAGAAAAGGCAAGGGUGUCUACAUGUUUGGUCCCGAUGUGACUUCCACCUUCUGCGAGAAGAACAACCUGCAGUGCAUCAUCCGGUCACACGAGGUGAAGGCCGAUGGAUACAGGUGGGAUCACAAGCAGCUGCUGAGCGUCUUCAGUGCGCCGAACUACUUGGACACUGGCAAUAACAAGGGAGCUUUCCUGAAGCUGACCAAGUCCGCAGAUGGCAGUGUCGCGAUAGAUCCUGUCAACUAUACGGCAGUCCCCCACCCUGAUGUGCCGCCCAUGAAAUGGCAGGAUCACAUCACCCAGAAUUAUGCUCAUCUCACCCGGCUGAUGAAGAAGAAGGUUUCAGCCACUACCUUCGACGAGUUCGGUGACAGCGACUUCGAGGGAUUGAUGAACUUCGACGAGUGGGAACCUGACGAGGCCGAGCAGUUCCAAGAGGCCUUCAAGGAGUCACAGGCUGGUUUCGCUUUGGCUCGAAUGGAAGCGCACACCGUGAGCGAACGGGAGGUGACCUUCUGCUUGAGGAAGUGGCCCGGCUACGUAGACUCCGAGCAUCCCUUUCCUUUCGAAACCCUUGGUUGCUAUACGGCCGCCACGGAGGAGGGCUGCGGCUGCUUUAAUUGGACCCUGCGUGCGGAGGAGUCCGGUCAGAGACUGCAGUAUCAGGUCUCAAUGGCGGGAUCACCGUUCCACCAGCACACAAAGCAUGUGUGGGCAACCCUGGAAAGAAUACCGUACAUCGCGCCGGUCGACCUUCAAUUCCCGGGAUCCGGCAGCCAGUUCGACUGUGAUUACACGCACCGGGACGAGCAUUUGACUCCGCUGGCCAGUUGCCCUUUUGCUUUGUAUUACCGGUCCCCCCCGGAAGUCAGCACAGUGGCGAAAGGCUCUUUCCAGCAUUGCUACAACUUGGAUGCCAAAGUCGGCCUAGUUUUGGAGUGGGAUUUACAUGAGACAACAUCGUCAUUGCAUGUCCAGAUCUCUGCAAGAGCAGAUACGGCAGACUACGUGUCCGUCGGAUUCCGGCCACUAGGUGGCUCCUCCAGUGAGUCAGCAAGGAGUGCAGGCACGGGUCGAGAAGAGCGCUUCGGGAUGGCUGGCGCAGACAUUGUUCUGGGACACACAGGAGGGGUGGAGCAGUAUUAUGCCAGCGCUUACUCCGGAGCCCCGGAUCCAGAUGACUCGUUGCAGAUUUGGGAUGCCUCUGUCGAGAAGCGGGGAGGGCGUCUCUUCUUGCGAUUCCGGCGGCCUUUGGUGGGCGGCUGGCUUCACUCUCAUGGUGUGAAUGCCUCCAUCCUCUCCAACCUGUCAGACAUGAUGUGGGCUGUAGGGAGGUGGAGCCAAGCCGACCAGGCACCUGCCUACCACGGAUUCCUGCGUGGCUGGAGGGAGGUGUACUGGGCAGAUCCCGAGUUGGACUCCCGUCCGCUUCUCUCCUUGCGCCCCUACAAGUGUGGCAUGACCCUCCACCCCUAG